AUGGCUUCGUGCAAGGCGGCCGCAACACCUAUCGACGCUAAGGGCAAACUCGAUGCCACCGGCGCGGAGAUUGAAGAUGCUACAAGCUACCGCCAUCUGGCCGGUGCACUUCAGUACUUGACUGUGACACGCCCGGACAUUGCCUUCGCUGUGCAGCAGGUAUGUUUGCAUAUGCAUGAUCCGUGCGAGCCUCAUCUUGCGCUCCUCAAGUGCAUUCUUCGCUACGUCCGCGGCACGACGUCGCACGGCUUGCUCCUGCGCGCUUCAUCCAACUUCAACAUUACCGUGUACUCAGACGCGGACUGGGCGGGCUGUCCUGAGACACGACGAUCGACCUCCGGGUUUUGUGUCUUCCUCGGUGACACUCUUGUCUCCUAG